CACCCCCCAACUCCAUGGUCAGUGUCAAAGCCAUGGUCCAGGUUCCCUAGCCUGCCCUCCUGAGGCCAGAUACUGGGCCCACAGCUGGAGCUGGUGUCCUGAGCCCCAGAUCCAGAGCCCGAGUCCACUGGCCCAGUCCAGAGGCAGGGGUCUCGGCCAGAGCCCCCCAGUUCCCGUUAAGGCUCAUUUCCUCCUGGCAGCCCCACCCCUUCUGGUGACCUACAGCCCCGAGUGGCAGGGACUGAGCCACUCACUGGGGGGACAGGUCCGACAGCAUUCCGCCUCCGAGGAUAAAACCAGGGGUGACCUGCAGGGAACUCUGAACACUCCUGUGGCCAGCACGGCACAGCUCGCCAGGCCGUGGCCCCACCCCCACUGGACAUGCUUGUGUCCAGAACCCCCCCAGCCCUGGGUGGGGGCUGCCUCAGGAUUUUAACCUCCCUGCUGCUUCUGGCUUCUACCGACACUCUCAGUGCUGCCAAGACACCUGCCUCCCCUGCCUGUGGGAAGCCGCAGCAGCUGAACCGGAUUGUGGGUGGUGAGGACAGCGCCGACGCCGAGUGGCCCUGGAUUGUGAGCAUCCAGAAGAACGGGACCCACCACUGUGCGGGCUCCCUCCUCACCAGGCGCUGGGUGGUCACCGCCGCCCACUGCUUCAAGGGCACUCUGAACAAGCCAUCCCAGUUCACGGUGCUGCUGGGCGCCUGGCAGCUGGAGAAUCCUGGUCCCAGGUCCCAGGAGGUGGGCAUUGCCUGGGCGCUGCCCCACCCUGUGUACUCCUGGAAGGAGGGCUCCCGUGCAGACAUCGCCUUGGUGCGCCUUGAGCACUCCAUCGAGUUUUCUGAGCGAAUCCUGCCCAUCUGCCUGCCUGAUUCCUCCAUCCAUUUCCCUCCGAACACCAACUGCUGGAUUGCAGGCUGGGGGAGUGUCCAUGAUGGAGUGCCCCUGCCCCACCCUCAGACACUACAGAAGCUGAAGGUUCCCAUCAUCGACUCGGAAACCUGCGGUCGCCUGUACUGGCGGGGAGCUGGGCAGGAAGCCAUUACCGAGGACAUGUUGUGCGCAGGCUACCUGGAGGGGCAGCGUGAUGCCUGUCUGGGCGACUCCGGAGGCCCCCUCAUGUGCGAGGUGGAGGGCGCCUGGCUGCUGGCCGGCAUCAUCAGCUGGGGCGAGGGCUGUGCGGAGCGCAACCGGCCCGGCGUCUACAUCAGCCUGGACGCCCACCGGUCCUGGGUGCAGAGGAUCGUGCAAGGGGUGCAGCUCCGCGGACACUCCUACGCGAGCGGGAGCCGGCCGUCGGGGUUAAGAAUCCUCCGGGGACGCCGGGCGGCCCGGGGCGGCCCCGCGGCCUGAUCACGUGGUUUCCUCGCUGUAAAUAAGCCAUCUACCUCUCCCGGGCGCCCGCCCUCCGCUGGGAGGCCCCGCCCUCGCCCCGCCCCGGGCUCAGGCUCCACCCCUGGGGCCGGGAGCGCCUUUGUGUAUAUAUGUUAAUGAUUUUUACAGUUAUUUGUAAUCCCGCCCGCAUAUUUUAUUUAUUCCCCCAAUUUCAAUAAAUUAUUUAUUCCCCAGA